AUGAUGUUUAGAUUAAUUGCUUCAAAUGCUCAACAAGGUUUUAGACCAAGCUUACUUCUGAAAGUAAAACAUGCCAAAACUACUACCAAGUUCACUUCUGCAACUCAGCCGAUAUCAAUAGACAAUAGCAAUAUAAUUAACUAUCAAAUUAGAAAUAACUCAUCGGUAGCAUCAGCAGCCGUUUCACAAAAUAACUCACAACCAACUAUUCAAGACGGCGAAGCCUAUAAAGCAAAAUUACGUAAAUACAAAUUAAAUCCACAUAAACCAGCUCAUCUUAAAGGUGAAUCAUGGAAUGUUGAAGAUGGUAUGCCAACUUAUGACAUCCAAGAAUUCCUGAAUUUAUUACAAGAUGACCUUUUUAGAGCCCAAGUUAAAGAAUCCCAUCUUUUCAAAUUUGCUUCCAAUAUUUAUAGUAGUACUAUCAACCUGAGAAGAUCAAGAUUGGGUAAAUCUAGAAACAGAGAUAAAGAUCAAGCAGCCGCCUUCAAUGAAGAUGUCACCUAUCAAACUGCCAUUUUGAAUUUGUCUGAAUUGAUUAUCAAUGGGGACUUGAAUGAAGUUUUAUCCUCAAGAAUGUUGUUCAAAGUUUUUGGUACUUUAUUGCAAUUCAAAUUAAACACUGAAAUUUUAAGUCUUUGGGAAAAUGGUGUCAACAGUGAAGUUGGUAAAUUAUUCCUUGCUCAUGAUGUUUUAUCCAUUGUUAUCCAAGUAGGUUAUGAGACUCACAGAUUCACUUAUGAAGAAAUCAAACAAAUUUACGACAUGAGUGUUGUUGAAGGUGAACCAGUCCACCCAUUUUUAAGUGAUAGAAUUGGUCAAGUUGCUAUCAAUGAAGCUGAUAAUGCUCGAGGAUUGGAUGCUUUAGAAUCUUUGAUGACUUUGUAUGAACAAAAUCCAAAAGAAAGAUCAGUUCUUGGAGGUUUGGCUCAAUUGCAUUUGUCAUUUAUUGGUCAAUGUAAAGACAUUGCUAUCGCCAAGAGAUUCUUUGAAAAGGCAUUAACACCAGGUGGUUUGCCUUAUGUUGUUGUUUUGAAGUCUCCAUACAUGGUUUCAUUCUUGGAAAAUUGUUCUGCUGGAGGUGAUUCAAUGCCAGAAGUUAUUGAAACCUGGAGACGUAUUUCCAUGCAAUACAUUCUUGAUAACCAGGAUUUGUCUUCCAAACUGGCUACUAUUAAUACUGGAUUGUUUAAAAUCUUUUUCAACAAGUACCCUGAACCAACACCAGAAGCUAUAGAAUUAUUAGAUUUAAUUUUUGAAAGAUGUCCAAGAGUUGAUGAAGUUUUCUUGAACACCAUGGUUUCCAGUAUGGGUUGGGAUAAUAAAGCUAUCUUCCAAAAGAUUGUUGACUCUUAUGAAUCCCAUAACGCUGAAAAGAGUCUUAUCUCCCAUCGUAUUAUCUUGAAACAAGCUGGUCAAAUUGAAUUUUCCAAUGAAGAAAUUUUGGCUCUUUGGAACCAAUUGUUGGCUAAAUUAGAUGAUGAAGGUUAUUCCUAUAUUGCUAAUGCUGAUUGGUCUGCAUUAAGAGCUGCUACUGUUUUCUCUGAUAAAUUCAAGGAUGAAAGAACUCCAUUGUACUUGUCAAUCUUGAAACAAUACAAGGAUUACAUGCAACAUAACUUUGCUGCUAUUAAAUUCUUGAGAAACUGGGUUAGAAAUGCUGAAGCUUAUAAACUUAUUAGCAAAUUGACUACUGAACAAAACCCAAUAUUUGAAAAUGAAGUUAAGAUUGCUGUUCCAGUAUUCAAGAACUUGAAACCAAAUAUUAGAUACAGUGAAGUGACUAAAGAAGUUACUGAUGCUAAUCCUAGAUUAGUUGAAUAG